UCGUUUACCGCUGCGAACCACCAGUGUCGCAGAUCCAUCGUCCACUUGGGCAGAAGAGGAAUCUGUGUCGCCCCCGAGCCGGAGUAAACAAACCCGUUCCCACCUAUCCUCAUCCGGUGCCCGUUUUCUCGGGCCCCGCCCAUCGCACUCUCCUCGAGUCGAGUUGACUGCACCCGCCGCGCGCGCCCUCCUCUUCGUGGACUCCUCCCUCUCCCCCCUUCUUCUCCACGAUUCCACCUCCCGGCCCGUCCAUUCCGUUCCUUCCUUCCUUCAAGUACCAGCGCUCCUCCCGGCCGGCGCACUCAGCUCGCCGUCUCCCUCCCCGUGCGAUCGAGCCGCCUGCCUGCUGCGGCACACCGCGCGGUGACAGCGGAGCAAGCCAUGACGUGGAAUAAGCCCCCGGCCGGCGGCGCCGCCGUGACGGCCGUCGACGCCGGCGGCGCCGCCGUGACGGCCGUCGACGCCGGCGGCGGCGGCGGCGACGACACCGGCCUCGCGCGCCUCCGGGAGCUCGGGUACAAGCAGGAGCUCAAGCGCGACCUCUCGGUGCUGUCCAAUUUCGCCUUCUCCUUCUCCAUCAUCUCGGUGCUGACGGGGAUCACCACGCUCUACAACACGGGCCUCACCUUCGGCGGGCCCGCCACCAUGACCUUCGGCUGGUUCGUCGCCGGCGCCUUCACCAUGACCGUCGGCCUCUCCAUGGCCGAGAUCUGCUCCUCCUUCCCCACCUCCGGCGGCCUCUACUACUGGAGCGCCCGCCUCUCCGGCAAGCGCUGGGCGCCCUUCGCCUCCUGGAUCACCGGAUGGUUCAACAUCGUUGGACAGUGGGCCGUGACGACCAGCGUGGACUACUCCCUGGCGCAGCUGAUCCAGGUGAUCAUCCUGCUGGGCACCGGCGGCAAGAACGGCGGCGGGUACCUGGCGUCCAAGUACGUGGUGAUCGCCUUCCACGCCGCGAUCCUGCUCAGCCACGCCGUCAUCAACAGCCUCCCCAUCACCGUGCUCUCCUUCUUCGGGCAGUUCGCCGCGGCCUGGAACAUGCUGGGCGUCUUCGUGCUCAUGGUCGCCGUGCCCGCCGUCGCCACCGAGCGGGCCAGCGCCGAGUUCGUCUUCACCCAUUUCAACACCGACAACGGCGCCGGGAUCCGCAGCAACCUCUACAUCUUCGUCCUCGGCCUGCUCAUGAGCCAGUACACGCUCACCGGAUACGACGCCUCUGCGCACAUGACUGAGGAGACCAAGAACGCCGACAAGAACGGCCCGAUCGGCAUCAUCAGCGCCAUCGGCAUUUCGAUCCUGGUGGGCUGGGGCUACAUCCUCGGCAUCACGUUCGCGGUGAAGGACAUACCCUACCUGCUGAGCCCCGACAACGACGCCGGAGGGUACGCCAUCGCCGAGGUGUUCUACCUCGCCUUCAAGAGCCGGUACGGGAGCGGCGCCGGCGGGAUCGUCUGCCUGGGGAUCGUCGCCGUCGCCAUCUACUUCUGCGGCAUGAGCUCUGUCACAAGCAACUCCAGGAUGGCGUACGCGUUCUCGAGAGACGGCGCCAUGCCCUUCUCCUCCGUGUGGCACAAGGUGAACAAGCAGGAGGUGCCCAUCAACGCCGUCUGGCUCUCGGUCUCCGUCGCCCUCUGCAUGGCGCUGCCGUCGCUGGGCAGCCUGGUGGCGUUCCAGGCGAUGGUGUCGAUCGCGACGAUCGGGCUGUACAUCUCGUACGCGCUGCCGAUCCUGUUCCGGGUGACGCUGGCGCGCAAGCACUUCUCGCCGGGGCCCUUCAACCUGGGCCGCUACGGUGUGCUCGUCGGCGGGGUCGCCGUGCUCUGGGUGGCCACCAUCACCGUGCUCUUCUCGCUGCCCGUCACAUACCCGGUGACCAAGGACACGCUCAACUACACGCCCGUCGCCGUCGGCGGGCUCUUCUUCCUCGUGCUCUCCUCCUGGGUGCUCAGCGCCAGGCACUGGUUCAAGGGCCCCGUCACCAACCUCGACGGAUGACCUGGCCGGGGUGGUGCGCGACGCCAUGGGGUUGGAUGUGUUCAGGGUGUCACGGUGGAGGCUGCUGCUCGCAUGCUGGAUGCUGCUGUUUGUAUGGUGGCUGGUUGAUUUAUUUGGCCAGUAAAAUGUGCGUGAGUGGAGGAGUUCCACGGGUCACGGGAGAUCAGGCAGGGAAGAGUUGGGAGGCAACGGGGAUGUUGUAGCUACAUUGUCUGAAAGAAAGACUGGCAAGGCAACCGAUAGAGUAAAUUCUGUCGCUUGGUAAAAUGCAUCAGAAUUAGUAGGAUGCAGAA